AUGCGCCUCAUUGACCUCAUCCGAGGUCAGCGAACACCCCCCAACUUGCACGUGCUCGCCGUUGGUCCAGUGAGGGUGGAUGGUGACUACAUAGACGUUAAUUCCGUCUCUUGCUCGCGCCUGCUGGUCCGCCGACUAACACGAUGCGUAUUCACUGACAUGUCUGGUCGCGGUAGAGGAGGAGUCAAGCGUCCACAUAGGGCCUUGCGUGAUAACAUCCAAGGCACCACCAAACCUACCAUCCGUCCUCUUGUACGCCGUGAGGUUGGGAAGCGUAUCUCUGCUUUCAUCUACGAGGAGACCUGCGAUGCUCUCGAGUUCUUCCUGAAGAACGUUAUCUGUGACGCCGUGACACACCGAGUAUGA